AUGAAGCCCGCUACUGUGAUGGAUCUCAAGGUGGAACCGGUGCCUGUGGACGAGCCCCCUCCGCUCCAGGUGUUCGCACACAUGUCAACGCUGCACGGCAUCGCGCACAUUUUCUCCUACGACAGGAUCACAGUGAGGUGCUGCCUGUGGCUGCUCUUCUUCCUCAGCUCCGUGGCAUUCCUGCUGUGUGUGUGUGUUGACCGUGUGCUCUUCUACCUGGAGUAUCCGCACGUGACCAAACUGGAUGAGGUUGUUGCACCCGCCAUGGUCUUUCCCGCCGUGACAAUCUGCAACCUGAAUGCCUUCCGCUUUGGCAGGGUCACCCGCAAUGACCUGUACCACGCCGGGGAGCUGCUGGCACUGCUCAACUCAAGGUAUGAGAUUCGCGAUGUUCACCUGAUUGAGGAGAGCGUUCUGGAGGCUCUGAAGACCAAAGCUGACUUCCAGAACUUCAAGCCCCGGCCCUUCAACAUGCUCGAGUUCUAUAACCGAACGGGUCACGACAUCAGAGACAUGCUCCUCGCCUGUCAGUUCAGGGGGUCACCGUGCAGGCCCGAAGACUUCAAAGUGGUGUUCACGCGCUACGGGAAGUGCUACACGUUUAACUCUGGCGAGACUGGGCCGCUGCUGAUCAGCAUGAAGGGAGGGAUGGGGAGCGGACUGGAGAUCAUGCUGGACAUCCAGCAGGACGAGUACUUACCUGUGUGGGGAGAGACAGAUGAGACGUCUUUUGAAGCGGGGAUUAAAGUUCAGGUACACAGUCAGGACGAGCCGCCGUUCAUCGAUCAGUUGGGUUUCGGAGUUGCUCCGGGGUUCCAGACCUUUGUGUCCUGCCAAGAGCAGCGGCUGAUGUAUCUGCCCCCUCCGUGGGGGAACUGCAAGGCGAGUCCGCUGGACUCCGACUUCUUCACCUCCUACAGCAUCAGCGCCUGCCGCAUCGACUGCGAGACGCGAUACCUCGUGGAGAACUGCAACUGCCGCAUGGUGCACAUGCCCGGUGAUGCUCCCUACUGCACCCCUGAGCUGUAUAAGGAAUGUGCAGAUCCGGCUCUCGAUUUCCUGGUGGAGAGGGAUAACGACUACUGCAUGUGUGAAACUCCAUGUAACACCACUCGCUACAGCAAAGAGCUGUCCUUCGUCAAGAUCCCCAGCAAAGCCUCCGCCAAAUACCUCGCCAAGAAAUUCAGCAAAUCCGAGAAGUACAUCGCAGACAACAUCCUGGUGCUGGACGUCUUCUUCGAAGCUCUGAACUACGAGACCAUUGAGCAGAGGAAAGCUUAUGAAGUGGCAGGUCUGCUGGGUGAUAUCGGAGGACAGAUGGGUCUUUUCAUUGGAGCGAGCAUCCUCACCAUUCUGGAGCUUUUCGACUAUCUGUAUGAGGUGGCAAAAUACAAGCUGUGUCGCUGUUCAGACAAGAAGAAUCAGAGCAACAGCGCUGAUCACGGCACCGUACUGGGGCUCGACGAUGUCAAAUGUCAUGUCAGCAACUUUCACUAAAGACAUCAAUCCUGCAUCCUGGAAGUUUCACCGAGACUGCGGCUGUUGUCGAUAGACUGAGCUGUCCGUUUACAUCAUCACCGCGGCUGCGCAUUCUAGAGUUGUAUAGAUUGUCCUAGAAUCCUUUCAACCCUCUUUUCUAUACACAAAGAUGUGAAAAUGUUCAUUUUUACACAUGCUAAAAACUUUGACAUGCAGCUUUCCAGUAAACGUUUUAGAUUUCACUUUCAUAAAGUUUUGGUUGGCAUCCGAAAAACAUAGACAUGCAUUGGCAAAUGUGCAGCCGGCAGCUUGAGCUAUGCAAUGGAAAAGCAAGAGGAAAUCUUGAGAGGUGCGUUUGUUCUUUUGUGUUUUCUGAUGGCGUCUUUUCUUGAGAUGGAUAUGCAAUAGGUGAGAAUUGCGAAAACGUGCACGUAAUGUGGCCAAGCCAGCUUAAGAUCUGCAAUCAGUUGGGUCUGAGGAGUCUCUCUCAACAACUUCAGAACCUCUAGAGCUCAGCAAUGAAGUGUUUAUGUGAUUUAUUGUUUCAAAACUAGUCACAUAAACAACAACUCAGCAUUUAUAACGCACCCAAUCUGGACUAUGUUUCAGUUUUAAGCACGUUGUUGUUCAUUAAAGGAAUCCGCCAGCUUUGUCCAUUGUAAAUCAGCCUUCUGAACUCUGCUAUUCCAUUAAUGACAUUAUCAUUAAUAUUGCAUUUUAUGUAAGACUUGAUUCAUGCCAUUAAAAGUGAGAUGUUUAUGUAAUUAUAAAUGUAUCGUGAGUUAAUAGCUAACUAGUCUAAAGUGACGCUGUUGUUGCCUUUUCCAUUCACAAGGUUUCAGCUUUGACGGUCACCAAAACAAGGCUUUGUAACAGACUGGACAGCAAUAGCAUACUUGUCACUAACAGACAAAACACCGCACUAGAACCGAUUUUUGUCUGGAGAACAGACGCAGGACCAACAUUAAUGCUGCAUUAACAUUUGGACUUUCCAUAAAUUUUGUUUUUCAUGGUCAGGUUGAAAGCUGAACAUAUACAGAUUCAGUCUGCAUUGUUAAGUGAGUUUGAAACCCCUGGCCUAACUGCAUUUUUAAGCUGUAAAUCUGCAUAACUUGUUCUUUCAGAUAUGGGAUUAAUUUUUUGUUGAUUUACCAGGAUAGUCAUGUGAUAGAACAUUUCUCAGGCUCGACCUAAUUGCCAUGGGUAGCAGCUGUGGGAAAACAGGGCUAUUAGAGAUAGGCCUUUAGUUCAGCCACACAUGAAAAAAUUCAGUCAAAAGCUCAUUUCUGCUAGCACCACUAUGA